CGAUCGUCCGCUGUUUUCGGCUGUGCGUCUGCUGCCAAACUGGUCCAGCGCUCACGCGAUCUUUCGGAAGAAGUUGCGCCCGGUAGCAUUUCGUGAUGAGGAUUUGAUGGCUUUGGAUAUUUUUUGUUUUUGCAAUUAGUUGCUGUUAGCGCCUGAGUUUCGGAGGUUGUUAUUGGAAGUGCCCCUGUGUCAAAGUCGACUUGAGGUGCUAUAAUCGUCGAACCAUGGUGCUGAGACAGUGGUGUGUGCUUGUUUUGGGACAACUCCUUUUAGAAGCUCUCUCGAUCGCUAAAGGCAGCAGCGGUGGCCGCAGUAGUAGACUGUUCGGUCUCCGGAUCAGUCGCCGUGCGCUGUGCGGGUUUGAGUCCCGUCCCAGGAGGAAUUUUUCUCUUGGCCAUGGAUGCUGUGAUUGUCCGUAGGUGGUAGACAGUCUCUGACUGUCGAGCGCGGAGGUACUAUCCGGCGGAUCUCGUAGGAGGAG